CUUGCUAUAUUUUGGAAGGUUUCAAUCCUCUCUGAUCUCUCACUCUCUCUCUUUCCAGUGGCUAAGAGCAAGGAGGGAGCCAGGACAAGCAUUCAGAGUAAAUGAAGCGAGGAAGAAUCUAAUUCCUUUCCAGCCCUUAACAAGAACAUGCAUGAGGGGAACAAGCGUUAGAAGAGACAAGUUGCAUGCUUUCCAUUUAAUUAUUAUUUCUUGAUCUCUCCCUUCUUUGGAUUUUGUUUAUUUUAAAAUUUGGAGCAGCAGUGAGUGGUGCUGGAUCGAGGAACCAAUAAAGGAAUUCCACUGGUGGCACCCGCACAAGGGAGAAAACAAGGAAAUGACUCAAUGCAACGAGGGUGGCGACAACAACAUAAUCGUUUCUGCAAAUAGCAGAGACUAUCCGAUUAGAACUUGUGCUACAUGUGGUUAUCAGAUUAAAUGCCAAGAUAAAUUACAGGCUAGACUUCACGAUUUGCCGGGGCUACCUGCGGGUGUUAAGUUUGAUCCAUCUGAUCAAGAAAUUCUUGAACACCUGGAGGGCAAGGUGCUGUCUGAUGCUCGUAAGCUUCACCCUCUUCUCGAUGAGUUCAUCCCUACUAUUGAUGGAGAGAAUGGAAUUUGCUACACCCACCCUGAAAGGUUGCCAGGAGUAAGCAAAGAUGGCCAAGUCCGGCACUACUUUCACCGACCAUCAAAAGCAUAUACGACGGGAACUCGGAAAAGGAGAAAGGUGCACACAGAGAUGGAAGGUAGCGAGACAAGGUGGCACAAAACAGGCAAGACCAGGCCAAUUUUCGUCAUUGGCAAGGUCAAAGGUUUCAAAAAGAUACUCGUGCUCUACACCAACUAUGGAAAGCAAAGAAAGCCUGAGAAAACCAACUGGGUAAUGCACCAAUACCACCUUGGAAAUAAUGAAGAAGAGACAGAUGGAGAGUUGGUGGUGUCAAAAAUUUUCUAUCAAACCCAGCCGCGACAGUGCGGUUCUUUCAUUAAGGAGUCGCUUUCCUCAAAAUUGAAGGGACAAAAUGGACAUGGGAGUACUGGUCUUAGGAAAAAUGGCCUCUUUGAGUACUAUAAUUCUUCCUUGAUAUGCUUUGAGCAGGGCAACCAAAAUGGGUCAAGCACUCCUCAUGAUCUACUUCCUCAUUUUGCAGUCCAUGAUGUGUCUUCUUUUAUUUCUUGAUAGAAAGGAUGGAAAAAAGACUGGAUGGGGAUGAAGAAUAGCGAUCCUUGCUAUGCAAGCAUGGAUGCAUAGCCAAAUUAAUGUAUUGAUAUUUUUAGGAGAAACAUAAAGGCAGUGGGAGGAAUAAGGACUGUUUAUUUUAAUGAAGACCAGAUCUCUAGCUGAGACAAAAACAGACUAAUUAUUCUAGGAUAUCAUUGAAGAUUUGGCCA